CACUUGGCUUUCCUUGACCCGACCAAGAUCAUCAGCAUCAUGGCACUGCUAAAGAUUUUACUUGCCAUUGCCACACCUGGGCUCAUGCCUUCUUUGGCGUGGGCCAAGCCGGUUUACUUUGACUUGAACCUCACCUGGCAGCAAGGUUCUCCUGAUGGCAACCUGCGGGAAAUGGUCUUCAUGAACGACCAAUUUCCUGGCCCUGAGUUGCGUCUAGAGCAGGGUGAUGAUGUUGAGUUUACCGUUCACAAUAACAUGCCAUUCAACACAACCAUGCAUUUUCACGGCAUCGAGCAGCACAACACCCCAUGGUCUGAUGGUGUACCCGGCCUUACUCAGACACCCAUUCAACCGGGACAGAGUUGGAAAUACAAAUGGACGGCUACUCAGUAUGGAACCUAUUGGUACCAUGCUCAUGCUCGGUCCCAGAUUAUGGAUGGUCUCUAUGGUCCUAUCUGGAUCAACCCGGCUCCCGAUGUACCUCAACCCUUCAGCUUGAUUUCAAGUAACCCCCAGGAUCUUCAAGCUAUGCAGCGAGCAGAGCAAAACCCUCGACUUGUUAUGCUGUCAGACUGGGACCACUUGACCUCUGAGCAAUACCAACAGGUACAAGUGGACAGCCGUCUAAAUGUCAUCUGCGUGGACAGUAUCUUGGUCAACGGCCGUGGAGCUGUGUACUGCCCUGGGACCACGACAAUCUCGAGUCUAGAACUCCCAUACCUAAAGACUUCCAUUGACAACGUGCCACUGUCCGACAAAGGAUGUAUACCCAAUAUAUACGAGACCCAGGGCAACUUCCCGCCUACCUACCCGGACAAGAUCCCCGCAGGUUUAAACUCAGGAUGCAGACCCACCGAGGGCCUACACGAGAUUAUUGAAGUUGAUCCGGCCGAAGGCUGGGUCAGUCUGAAGUUCAUCAGCGCGGCUGCAUUGAAGUCUUUCAUUUUCUCCAUUGACGAGCAUCCUAUGUAUAUCUAUGAAGUCGACGGCAGCUAUAUUGAACCACUACUUGCCGAAAGUGCGUCCAUCUAUAAUGGUGAACGAUACGCCGCUAUGAUCAAGCUCGACAAGGCUCCCAAGGAUUACACGAUCCGAAUCCCCGGCAACCAGGGUGACCAGAUUAUCUCCGGCUUUGCUACUCUGCGAUACAAGGGUUCCCAAGACACCACACCGUCUCAAGCUUACGUGGACUAUGGUGGAAGAAACACCUCUGCUUCUGUUAUACCUUUGGAUCCGAAAGAAAUGAAGCCCUAUCCCGCCGCCACUAUUCCCCAGUAUGCCGAUCAGCUGAUAAAUCUUACCCUUGGCCGCUGGGGCUCGACCUAUACGUGGACAUCCUCUGGUGGCGGACUGUAUGACAUGAUGGCCAAUUGGGAUGACCCGAUCCUCUACAACCUGGAUGCCAGGAAUAAUUUAGAGGAACAGGUCGUCAUCCAAACCAUAAACGGAACCUGGGUCGAUGUUCUGCUGCAGCUCGGUGAAAUGCCCAACACACCAGCAAUCCAGGCCCCUCACGUCAUGCACAAGCACUCCAACAAGGCCUAUAUUCUAGGCGUUGGCCCGGGGAUCUUCAACUGGUCUAGCACUGAAGAAGCUUCUGCCGAGCGUCCUGACCUUUUCCACAUGGAAAACCCUCAAAUGAGGGAUACUUUCGUUGCGCAAGGCCCUGCUGGCCCAACAUGGAUGAUGCUGCGAUAUCAUGUGAUUAACCCGGGACCCUUUCUUUUCCACUGCCACAUUGAAACACAUAUGGCUAAUGGAAUGGCGGUUGCUAUCCUCGAUGGCAUUGAUGAGUGGCCCCAGGCACCUCCCGGGGCCGACAUCGGCUACCAGGGCCAAAGUAGUGAGCAGGCACAACCCGGCCCGUAUGGUCAAUAUGGGCAAUCGGGUCCCCAAGGGCAAGAAUCCGGUUAUUCUGGCCCUGGCGGCUUUCCAGAUAACGUGGGGUUGGAUAACAUGAAUGGAUGGUCCCGAAAGCCUCUUGAGACUGGCGAAAACCAUCAGGGAUCCCGAGGCUACGAUGGAGACGGGGUCACCACAGGCACUGGAAAUCAAGAUUCCCCUGAAGGUAAACUGGAGACUUCGCGAUCUCAGGAGCCAAGAUAUCCACAGGGUUGUGAGGAAUACCAGUGGUAA